AUGGACGAACAUGCCGAGAUAUUGAAAAAUUACAAGUCCGACGGUUAUGCGACCAACCAAGUUCCUCGAAACCCGGACUAUGAAAUUCCUGAUGUCGUGAUCAACUCGCCUUAUAACCGAAAGAUUCGUGUUAUUGGCGUGGGAGCCGGUGUGAUGGGUAUUCUCCAUGCGUACUACAUUCAACAACAAACCGAGAACGUUGAAUUUGCCAUCUACGACAAGAACCCGGACAUUGGUGGCACAUGGCUUGAGAAUAGAUAUCCUGGAUGCGCCUGUGAUGUCCCUAGUCACGCCUACCAAUACCCGUUUGCGCUCAACCCCGACUGGCCAGCUCACUUUUCAUAUGCCGCUGAUAUCUGGGCAUAUCUCGAUAAAGUGUGCGAGGUUUGGGGGCUUCGCCAAUACAUGAACUUCAAUAGUCAAGUCAUCAAGGCCGAAUGGGACCAGGAGGCUGGCGAAUGGGCUAUCCAGAUUCGCCAGACGGCGCCGGAUGGGACAACCAAGGACUUUGAGGAUCGAUGCCAUGUCUUCCUGUACGCAUCGGGCAUUUUGAACAACUUCAAAUGGCCGGAUAUCAAGGGCCUCGAAAAGUUCAAAGGAAGGGUACUCCACACCGCUCGUUGGCCCCAAGAAUACCAGGCCGACCAAUGGAAGGAGGAGCGGGUGGCUGUCAUUGGCUCUGGGGCUUCGUCCCUGCAGACUGUUCCCGCCAUGCAGCCACACGUGAAACAUAUGGAUAUCUUUAUCCGGACAGGUGUCUGGUUUGCACCCAUUGGCAACCACUUCGGCUACAACCACCAGUACCCCGACGAGCAGAGGAAGGAGUUCAAGGAGAACCCACUUACUCUUCUUGAACAUGCCAAAAGCUUCGAACAUAACUUCAGUAAAUGGGGAAUUUUCAUGAAAGGAUCUCAGGCACAGGAGAAGGGCCGACAGUUUGUCUACGAAAGAAUGAAAAACAUCAUCAAAGAUCCCAGACUCCUCGAAGGCUUCACCCCCAAGUUUAGCCUCGGCUGCCGUCGAAUCACUCCCGGGGAUCCCUACAUGAAGGCUAUCCAAGAACCCAACGUGGACGUUCACUUCACUGCGGUCACUGAGAUUACCGAGACUGGUGUGAUCGGUGCCGACGGCAUCGAAAGAGAGUGCGACAGCAUUAUUUGUGCCACUGGAUUUGAUGUCACCUUCCGCCCACGGUUCCCAAUCAUCGGAAAAGAUGGCGCUGAUCUUGGCCAGCAGUGGGCAGUUGAUCCAAAGGCGUACAUGAGCAUCGGAGUUCCCGGAUUCCCCAAUUUCCUCAUGACAGCAGGACCCAAUUCGCCCGUCGCCAAUGGCUCAGUCAUGGCAAGCUUACAAACAAUAUCGUUGUAUGCCAUGCAGAUCAUUCGGAAAUUGCAGAGUGAAUACAUCUUGUCACUCACUCCAAACCCGCAGGCCACCGAAGAAUUCAAUGAACAUACUCAGGAAUGGGCAAGACACACCGUCUGGACCGAUGACUGCCGGUCCUGGUACAAGGACCAGAAGACUGGACGAGUUACUGCCGUUUGGUGUGGAAGCGCUCUCCAUUAUCGGGAGGCGCUGAAGACUCCCAGAUACGAAGAUUACGAUAUCGAGUACUACGGCCCAUCAAAGAAGAACAGGUAUGCUUACCUUGGCAUGGGAGUCUCGAUAGCAAAUGCGGAGCAGUCAGAUGUAAGCCCGUGGCUACAGCGAGAUACUUUCGAGCCUGCUUGGAUGAGGGCUGUUGGUAUGAAUCGCGUCAAGUUACUGGAGGAGAAGAUGGAAGAACUUCAGAAGGAGAUAGCGGAAGAGAAGGAAAGGGUUGCAAAUCCGCCUGUGACAAACGAAAAGCACUAA